AUGUCCCUCGAACGGAAAAUCCAAACCCCACUAACCGAAAUCCUCAACAUCCCCCACCCCGUCAUGCUGGCAGGGAUGGGCGUGUCUGCGGGACCUCCCCUUGCAGCGGCGGUAACAAACGCCGGUGGAAUCGGUGUCCUCGGCGGGUUCAGCGCGACGCCCGAGCGAUUGCGCGAGCUUAUCCAUGAACUCAAGGAGCUGCUUGUUGACAAGGAUGCGCCAUUUGGGGUUGAUUUGCUUCUACCGAAGAUUGGCGGUGGGGCGCGGAAGACAAAUUACGACUACACAAACGGCCAACUCGACGCCCUAAUCGACGUCGUCAUCCAGGAACGCGCAAAAGUCUUCGUAUCCGCCAUAGGGAUCCCACCCAAGCACGUCAUCGACCGCCUCCACGCCGCCGGAAUCCUCUACAUGAACAUGAUCGGCCACCCCAAACACGUCGCAAAGUGCGUCGAAGCCGGCGUCGACAUCUUGGGAGCCCAGGGUUCAGAGGGCGGCGGUCACACCGGGAAUAUACCUACGGGGAUUCUGGUUACGAGUGUUGCGAAGAUGGUCCGGGGCGUGAAGAGUGCGUUUACGGGUGAGGAUGUGCAGGUUGUUGCGGCGGGGGGCAUGGUUGAUGGGGAGGGGUUGGCCGCGGCGAUUAUGAUGGGGGCCAGUGGGGUGUGGAUGGGGACGAGGUUUCUGCUUGCGGAGGAGGCGACGGUUGCGAGGGCGUUUCAGGAGGCGGUACAGACUUGCGGGUAUGAUGAUACGAUCCGGACGAUUAUUUAUUCGGGCCGUCCGUUACGAAUCAAGAAGACGCCGUACGUGGUCAACUGGGAGGAAAAUCGACAGGCGGAGAUCAAGGAGCUUACGGGACGGGGGAUCCUCCCAGUAGCCCAUGAUGCGGAGCAGCACCCCGAAGAUGACGAGAUCCUCGAGAACAUCGUCCCAUACCUCAUGGGAAUAGCGGCUGCGCAAAUCGACAAAGUGAUGCCCGCCCGAGAUAUCGUGAAUGAGGUGGUCAAUGAGGCGGCCGUGAGACUUAUGGCGGGCACUCGCGCAAUUGUCACGAAGCCGAAGCUGUAAUCUGAGCACUGUUCGUACUCAACGAGCCAGUAGUCUGGCAGUCAUGGGAGGAAUCAGCAGGAAUGAGAAGGAUUUACACCGUACACCGUGUAGGAAUCCAAGAAAUGGCCGCCUAUUUAGUUAAAAUGCCGAUCA